UCAUUUUUGGCAUUUCAUUUUUGAUAUACACGUUACAAUAUAUUUGAAUAUUAACUAUAUUCAAUAAUCUAAUCAUUAUUAAAAUGUAAGAUAAGCAGAAUUCUGCUUCAGCAAACAUGGCAAAAGAAAAAAAGCUUCAUCUACCCUAACACCAUAAAAGGAGGUCGCCUAUUUCAGAAAUGGCGUGCUGUUGUAAGCCCGGUAGAUCCAAUAAAUCUUCAGUAAGUUGUUUGGGUCGUUGCGACCUACCGAAACAUCGAUGUUUAAGAAAAGUCGAAGUCAAACCGGGUCCCAUCCCGAAACAUAUGGGAUGGCUCUACACAGCAAAGGAUGCACCAGAACAUCAGUUGCGCUGCGGCUGGCGACCUGGACACAUAUCCUGCCAAGUUCUCAAAAGAAUUGAACAACAUAAUUGCAUGAAAUCAAGUGACUGUCCAUCGUGUCCUUCAAGUUGUUCCCGAACGCCAUGUUCCAAGCCUUGUUGUAUGCCGCCAAAAUGUAUAGCGGUUUGCCCCUCAUCUACAUCAUGUUGCAAAGCUCCUGCCUGUAGCACACAACCCUUAAUUAGGAUCAUAAGACAUGGAGGGCAAUACAGUAUUUGCACUAAGCCUUCGAAUGUCAGCAAUGCUCCUUCAGGACCAUAUCCACUAAAGUAUGUCUUAAAUACAGACGACAAUGACAAUUUAACGACCGCAGCGAAAUUCAGUGUGGAAGCAAAGUUCAACGAUUACCAUUUUGAUUACACAAGUUCCCAGUCCUCAUUCGUUUUAGACUUUACUCCUCCAGAACAGAGAUGUCCAAAGCCAUGCACAAAAAAGAGUGUGUUAUGUAUGACAUGUCGGACAGAGAGUAAAGCCUCAUAUAAAAAGACUUGAGAAACAUUCUAGAAAUGUAAUUGAAUUAUCAACAAUUUAUUGUCUUAUAUAAGAUUAAUAGUAUUUUCCUUUUUUAUAUUUAUUUUAAAUGAACUUCAGUUGCACACUAGUUGAUUUCAACAAUUAUUAUUAUAAAGUAAUAAACUUUUGAAUAUGACUUUGUCCUAAUCAAAUUACCUAUGACCCUAAUAAAUAAUUAUUACAGACUACAAUAGAAAUAUUUUUAUUUCAAGGAUUUGGAGGAAAAAAUAUCCUGAAGUUAAGGUUUUGUAGAUGUAAUAUACUGCAUCUCAUAUGCCAAGCUAACGUAACGUAAAUAAAUUAAAAAAACUACUGCUGGGCAAAGCCUAGAGUUUUGAAAAGUUUUGAACCUUAUUCCAACAUUCCUCCAUCGCGCAAUUUGUUGAUACAAUGGUGGCAGGAUCAAAUAUAUUAAGAUGAACCCAUAGACAUUUUACUGCUUUGCUUUAGCAUAUUCUUCAAACUUUCCUAAUUUGAAUCCUAAAGAUCAAUAGGGUGAAAUAUUUUCCCUAUUCAGUGAUUUAAGAUUUAAAAAUAAUUUAGAAUUGGUUUUCGCGCGCUUUAGUGAUUGAUGUUAACAAAAAUAUUCAAUAUCUACGCUUCCAACAUAUAGAAACGUAAAUAAAAACUCAUACAGUUUAUUUCGGCAACUGAAACAUGUC